UCAGAUCGGCUGUACUUUGCUACUUUACGAAAUAAACCGAAAAGUACCGUAAAUACCCACUACUUCUGUACGGAUGAGGAACUAGUCUAUGAAAAUUUCUAUGGAGAUUUUGGACCUUUAAAUUUGGCAAUGUUAUACAGAUACUGCUGUAAACUAAAUAAGAAAUUAAAGUAUUUCAGUCUAUCAAGAAAGAAGAUAGUAUACUAUACAAGUUUUGACCAGCGGAAACGAGCAAAUGCGGCCUUUCUAAUAGGUGCAUACGCUGUAAUAUACUUGAAGAAAACACCAGAAGAAGCUUACAGAACACUUUUGUCUGGAUCUAAUCCACCAUAUCUUCCAUUUAGGGAUGCUUCAUUUGGGAACUGCACGUACAAUCUUACAAUCUUGGACUGUUUACAGGGAAUAAAUAAGGCCUUGCAGCAUGGAUUUUUUGACUUUAAGACAUUUGAUGUGGAUGAAUAUGAACACUAUGAGCGGGUGGAAAAUGGUGACUUCAACUGGAUUAUUCCAGGAAAAUUUUUGGCAUUUAGUGGACCACACCCAAAAAGCAAACUUGAAAAUGGUUAUCCUCUUCACGCACCUGAAGCCUACUUUCCCUAUUUCAAGAAACAUCAUAUCACGUCAAUCAUAAGACUAAACAAAAAAAUUUAUGAGGCAAAGCGAUUUACUGAUGCUGGUUUUGAGCAUUACGACCUGUUCUUCAUAGAUGGAAGCACACCAAGCGACAGUAUAGUUCAGAGGUUCCUGAACAUCUGCGAAAAUGCUGACGGUGCUAUUGCUGUACAUUGUAAAGCUGGCCUGGGGAGAACAGGGACACUGAUUGCCUGUUACAUAAUGAAACACUUCAAGUUCACACAUGCUGAAGCCAUUGCUUGGAUAAGAAUAUGUCGACCAGGUUCUAUUAUAGGACCCCAGCAACACUUCUUGGAAGAGAAGCAAGCAACGUUGUGGCUGGAGGGAGAUCUCAUCCGAUCAAAGCAGAAACAAGUAGUUGAUGGAAAUAUUAACAGAGUUCUUUGUGGCUUCAAUGACAUUUCAAUCAGUGACAGCUUGAAUGAAGUACAAGACUUGGAUCAAUACAGGGAGAAUGAUUUUGAAGACAAAGCAGGUGUGGAAACUCAGAAUGGUAUGACACAGGGAGAUGAGCUUAAUGCCUUAAAAAGUCGGAGACGGCCAUGUUCUGCUACAACUGGAGCUCUGAGGCUGCAAGACAUGAAACUGCACACCAGGUCAAUAUCACAACCUUUCAGACUGAAUACUUCAGGUGGCACAGAAGGAUCCAUGUCUCCUCUGAAGGCCUCCAAAGUGACGGCAGUUAAUUCACCAUCUGCAGACAGAAUAAGCAGAAUUCCCGCAUCCUCGGGCCCUAACCUUAAAAGCGUUUCCAUAAACUCCAGACUAGCCAGUUCUCUAGGGAACCUGUAUGCUGCUUCAGAUGAUGAUGAGAGCAAAAUGACAUCAUUGGCCUCUAGGACAGGUUUUUCUGUAAGCCAACUCUCCAGCCACUUGAAUGGCAGCUUGCAGCUGCCACACAGAAAUAACCAUGAACUGAACAACAACUUAUACAACAGAAACAGCAGUAGUGGCAACCUGAGCAGCCAAACCAGUUUUCACAGCGCCGUGACAGACGAGUACACAUCAGCCUUCCUUUAUGGGCCUUGCAACUCCUCCAGCAAUUGACCAUACCAGAGUCAAUCAAUUUCUUCCCUUCAGUCUGAGUAUGUUCAGUACUAA